AAGGUUAGCUAGCUUUUGUAAGGCGGGAAUACGAUCGGGGUUAGCGAGGUUGGUAUUCACAUAUAUAUACUUUUCCCCAUAGUAUUUGUCUUUUAAGAGUUAAAACCCUUCUUAGUAAGUCUUUGGCCUCUGUCCUUAUGAAUAUGUGUCACAAUACGUAAUUCUAAUGAGAGGGUGCUUGUGGUUUCACUCCCAUAUGUUAAACAUUUUGGCAUAUUUGCGGCAGCUUAAUCUAAAAACUCUAGAGGAAUGGACCAAAAUAUUGGCAUUUUCUCCGAAACUCCAGGUUUACCCGAACGCCCGAAAAUGUGUAAUAAUAUGCCUGGUCGCUAACUCAUGCACUUGGAGCAUAAAAUUUAAAACUUAUAAAGUCUCAGUCAAAUUUUUUGCAUAAUAAUGGAAUCCUCAGGCUGAAUGCCAAUUGCAUGCAUGUAUUUACAUUAAUUUGCCCGAAAUUACGUGCUGAAAUAACGAAAUCAGAAUGACCUAAAUUUGUUUCGUAAUCAGAAAUGGCUUUUUAAGGACAUUUCUAUUCACUAACGGAAACCUAGCAAAUUUAAGGUCUUCUUUAUAAAGCAUUUCGGCAUUACUGUUAAUUUGAACACUUCAGCAUGGUCCUUGAAAUAUUGUUUCCUUCAAUAAGUUUCCGAAAAUCGCGAAUGCAUGGAAAUAUUGUCUGGCUCGUUAACUGUUUUGUCCAUCGAAUACCCCGGUAAAAUAUUCGGCCCCUACUUAAAUUUCUCUAUUUAGGACGAAAGGUAAAUGUUUUUGGAAAUUAUGAGCAUGUUGGUAUCAGAGAGUCUGGAAUACUUUGGAGGUUGAGUGGGAAGUUUGUAAAAUCUUCAUCAGAUUCAUAUGAUAUGGGUAGAAGGCUCUUGUGGCCUGUGUUAAUCCUUGCAAAGUAUAUCUCUGCAGAGAUCUAACUUCUCUUUGAAGGCGUUCACGGAUGGAGCUGAUACUACUGAAUCAGUUUUUUAGAGUCAUUUGUGAUUAACUGUCAGGCAUCUUAAUUAUGGGCAAUACACCAGUUCAUCACAAAAGACGUUACUCUGGAGAUGCUGACGGUAGAAGCUCGAUUGGUACACCACCAGGCGUCAAUGUUACAAUUCCUCCUAUGAAACGGCGAAAUAUGCAUAGCUUGUCAGAUUUAUCCCAAUCUGCUCCAGCUGAUUAUCUUGAUGAGAUCAUGUCAACAACUUGCGAUGAUAAAGAUGCUAUUUCUAUUGAUGAAGCUACCUCAAUGUUACGUGCAGCAAGUCUUCGUGAACCUAUUGGUCAAACGGUUGCAGAUGACGCUGACAAGAUAAAGCGUCAUUUAUUACAUCCUCGAGGCAUAGUAAUGUCACCGACAGAGAGUAAUGACAAUGAAGGUGAAUAUGAGGAGGAAAAGUAUUCUUCAGUUGGUUAUUCACAACAACCGUCUACUACUGCUGCUGGCCUAUCUAGUUCUGCAGAUGAACGAAUUAUAUACGGCAUUGAUCACCGGCAGGUGGCUGAAAAUGCAAUCCCAAGACAUUAUCGUGCAAAAACUCUACCAGCUAAAAAGGUAGAUGAAUUAAAACUUCCAACUGUUUUUCGAUGGAAUGGUGGCGGUAAAGAGAUAUAUAUUAGCGGGACUUUUAAUAAUUGGAAGAAAAAAAUUCCCAUGGUGAAAAGAAAUUCAGGAGUUUAUGUCAUUGUUGACUGUCAACCUGGUACACAUCAAUACAAGUAUUAUAUUGAUGGAGCUUGGUAUCAUGAUCCAACUAAACCAACUGUAGAUAAUGAAUAUGGUACAAAAAAUAAUGUUGUAUGCGUUAAUGAAUCAGAUUUUGAUGUUUUGCAUGCAUUAGAACAAGAUCAAGCGUGUAGCCGAAAACGUUCAGAUAGUUCUGAUUCUACUGAAGUGGAUAGCUUAGGUCAUUCACCACCCGGAGAAUAUGGUCGUUUCAUGCCUGCUAGUCUUGGUGAAUUACAACACCGGGCAAGGACAAGAGAAACUGGAUAUCAUUCAAUUACUCCAGGUGUUGGUACACUUGCUCAACCACCCUUACUACCACCACAUUUAUUACAGGACUAUUAACUACUCGACGAGGAAAUAACAUAAUUGGCGACGAGGAAAACUACUAUUAACUACUCAGCAGCAGUACAUAACAGUAACCUUCCCUCUUUGCAGGCUUAGAAGGGUUUAGGAGUGUGUUGGGUGAGGAUCGAACUCCGGACCACGUGCAUGCUUGGCGAGUGUUCAACCGCUGAACCAGUUAUGCUAUUCAGAACCCAAAGGCAUUAUAACAAUAUAUAGAGAAAUGAAGUCUGUACUGUUUGAUGUGAUUGACAAAUUGACAGAGUCGAAGAAAAUAAUUGUUGUGACUGUUGGGUUCGUCAAGCUCAUGAUACAAAAUUGUUGUCUUUGCAUAGAGUAUGCGAAAUCCAUCUGAUUGCACCACUCUACUCCGAGUAAGACAAAUCUAACAAUUAUUACCGCUGAUCUCCGUGAUUUCGAUGAAUUGGAUUAUGCGGAUGAUCGUGGGGAGUGAGAAGAAGGUCAUACUGUAGAGUGAGAAAAAAAACCUAGAUGGGCUGAACUUCGCGGAUGAUUUUUGUCGUCUGUGUCAUACAAACUUGAAAUUUUACUAGCCAAGAUCAAUAAGUUGAUAGAAGAGGCAGCGAAGGCUGGACUUCAGAUGAAAAGACAGAGGUGAUGAAGAUGCCUGAAAACCGACGAAAACAACAACAACAAACAGGCGAAAUAUAGAGGAAGUUGUCUUUUUCAUUUAUCUGAGCAGCAUAAUUUCAACUACAGGUGGCACGAAUGAGGGUUUCAAAGUCAAACCCUGGAUCGAAUGUGGAAAGCAAGACAGGCGUUUAUAACUUUGAAACACAGGCGAUAUUUCCUUGUGGAGAUUGAUUUAUAUUGGAAAAUAUUUUUAUUCCUGUUAUCAAAAGAGUAGAUUACCAUUUUUACAAAAAUUAAAAUCUUUCAGUCGUAGUGAUGAUCAUGAAUUAUUCGAUCGUAUAUUGACUGGACACCAACUAGUGUCAUGAAUCUAUUACUUCACUUAGUGCAGACUGAAUUCACUACCAAUCAAGUUUGCAAUGUGGCCACCAAGCUAGGUGACUCACCAUCGUUGAGCACUCAGAAUUAUUUUUAUCAGGUGGUUGAAGGCAAUUCGCAGGAAGCCUUGGACCUACGUUUUGUGCCUGUCGCACUCGUUAAGAAGGCGUAUCUGCUCAGUGGUAGCAUCUCUAAUUACCGCACUGGGUGACACGGUUUGAAUCUCAGAAGGGGGGUAUGAGUUCUUUCAGGAUUGUAGGUACGUCCUGAUGAUGAGUGCCAGCAAGCAGGAAACUUGGAUGGAGGUCUUCCUGCCGAUUGCCUCCAACCAUCUAAUCAAAACAGUCCGAGUACGUACAUUAUUUGUGUUAUCAAGAGAAGAUAAACACGCCCAUAUUUUGAGGCAGAUAAAGUUCAUCAGAAUAUCAUGAUGACAUGAAGCGUGUUGUUAAAACUAUAUUAGAUGAUAUUGAAAACUAUCGGAGGUUGUAGUAGUACCGUUGUAACUAAUCCAUAAGUAAAUAUUUUAUUUCAUCUGGCUCCGACUACAGCAAUGAACAAAAGUAGUGUAAACACAAACUGUGAAAAUGUAAGGAAACUGUGUUUACGUCCCAAAUCGGGGUCAUGAGAAAAAACGGGAACAAAACCUUACCUUGAGGAACUCAACGACCAGUCACAGCAGACAGCGUGAGUGGAUACGAUUCGCAGAUAUAUCACGGGACUGUCUAAGAAACGGCAAAAAAGAGAUGACAGAAUAACCUACAGCGGGAAAACAGCCAAUCAGAAGACGUUGCUUCCCUGCUAACAAUAAUGAAUAAUAAUGUAGUACAUAAAAAUCUAUAAGUAUCUGUUGAUUUUCUCAAUAAAC